AGCAGCUCUCGCACGUGAGGGAAGGCUGUGCCUCGGGGUGGGACAGCCGCCGGCAGACGCCUCCUUUUUUGGGACGAGCGCGGGGCCGGACCCAGGGGGCGGUAGCCGCGGUAGCAAGAGCAGUAGCUGCAGCAGUUCUGGAGGCAGCUCCAGCUGAUCGAUGGGGUCCGGACAUCCUUGCUCCGCCGUGCAGGCGCUUCUCUUCUUCAUCCUCCUCCUCCUCCUCCCGCCGCCGUUCCUGCUACUUACCGCUUCUCCCCAAGAUGUGGAUGAAUGUGCACAAGGAAUUGAUGAUUGCCACCCAGAUGCAAUUUGUCAGAAUACUUUGAAAUUGUAUAAGUGCACAUGUAAACCAGGGUACAGUGGAGAAGGAAAAACAUGUGAAGAUAUUGAUGAAUGUGAUAAUGAGUUCAAUGGAGGUUGUGUCCAUGAAUGUUUCAAUAUUCCAGGCAAUUAUCGCUGUAUAUGUUACGAUGGCUUCAUGUUGGCUCAGGAUGGUCAUAACUGUUUUGAUAUGGAUGAAUGCUUGGUCAAUAAUGGAGGCUGUCAACAUGCUUGUAUCAACACAGUGGGUAGCUAUGAAUGUCGUUGCAAUGAAGGAUUCUUUCUCAGCGAUAAUCAGCACACCUGCAUUCACCGUUCAGAAGAAGGGGUGAGCUGCAUGAAUAAGGAUCAUGGUUGUGCCCAUAUCUGCAAAGAAGCGCCAAAAGGAGGAGUGGACUGCGAAUGCAGACCUGGAUUUGAACUGGCCAGGAACCAAAGAGACUGCAUUUUGACUUGCAAUCAUGGAAACGGAGGCUGCCAGCACAGUUGUGAAGAUGCAGAAGAUGGGCCUGUCUGUGGAUGUCAUCCAGAGUACACAGUGCAUGCCAAUGGAAAAACAUGUAUUGAAAGAAUAGAAGUGACCACGGAAAUCUCUGAAAACAAUGUUACGGCAGGAGCUGAUGCAGAUAAACGCGUGAAGCGGCGACUGCUUAUGGAAACUUGUGCAGUAAAUAAUGGUGGCUGUGAUCGGACUUGUAAGGACACUUCAACAGGCGUCCACUGCAGUUGUCCUAUUGGCUUUACUCUUCAGCUUGAUGGGAAGACAUGCAAAGACAUUGAUGAAUGCCAGACCAGUAAUGGUGGAUGCGAUCAUUUUUGUAAAAACACAAUUGGUAGUUUUGAUUGCAGCUGCAAAAAAGGUUUUAAAUUACUAACUGAUGAAAAAUUGUGUCAAGACAUUGAUGAAUGUUCUUUUGAAAGGACAUGUGACCAUUUGUGCAUCAAUCAUCCAGGCAUUUUUGAAUGUAUUUGCAAUGAAGGAUACAUUCUUUUUGGCUUCACACAUUGUGGCGAUAUCAAUGAAUGUAGCAUGAACAAUGGAGGCUGCCAGCAUAUCUGCAUAAAUACACUGGGUAGUUAUCAGUGCCACUGUAAUGCCGGGUAUAAAUUACACUGGAACAAAAAGGACUGUGUGGAAAGGCCCUUGUCUGAUGUCCUUUCCCCCAAAGUAUCUCUGCGCUGCAUUAAGACUGGUGGAAAUGAUAGAUGCUUUUUAAUCUGCCUCUCGGAUGUCCAUUUUGCUUCUGGCCUGGAAGAUUCCUAUACUAUAAAAUGUGGCAACCCUUUAUCACCUAAGAAAAAAAUACAAAAUCCAAAUGAAUCAACUACUUUAGAUCUCUCUAUCAUCAGGACAACUGUAACUUUUAAGUUUACUCAAGGAAAAUGUAACUUGAAAAAGAGUAAGAUGUUUCACGAUGCUCUUCACCAUGUAAUACCAGAGAAACAUAAUUCAAUAAUGGAGAACUUCUACUAUGUAAACCUAACAUGCAGUUCUGGCAAGAAAACUGUUGGAGACCUCAGCAGAAUGAAGGCAGCUAGAGAAAUGUUUAUAACUGCAGACUUUGAGCUUGAAACAGACCAAAAGGAGGUGGCAGAUACGUGUAAUUUGAGCUGUGCACGUAAAAGGACUGAGAAAAGGCUUCGUAAAGCUAUUAGAACUUUGCGGAAAGUCAUCAACAAAGAGCAGUUCCAUAUUCGCCUCUCUGGUGUAGAUCAUGGCAUGGCUCGAAAGCCUCCCAGAGCAGUAGAUACCCAGGAUCCCUGCAGCCUAGGUCAAAAGCACCUGGAUAACAAAUGUGCUAGCUGCAGUGUUGGAACAUAUUUUGAUGGGGAACAAGAAAGUUGUAUUUUAUGUCCUAAUGGAACUUAUCAAGACAAUGAAGGUCAAAUUGUCUGCGAACCUUGUCCAAAUCUUCAACGUUCUGGGGACUCAAAAGCAGUUGGUGCUCGUAGAAUAUCUGAAUGUGGAGGACAGUGUUCACCGGGUGAAUAUUCAGCUGACGGAUUUAAGCCCUGUCUUUCAUGCCCUUCUGGGACAUACCAGCCUGAACCAGGUCGGACAUCUUGUUUUACAUGUGGAGGAGGUCUGAUGACAAAAUUUACCAGUGCAACAAUGUUUCAGGAUUGUGAGACUAGAGUGCAGUGCUCACCUGGACACUUUUACAAUACAACUACGCAUCGUUGUAUCCGCUGCCCAAGUGGAACGUAUCAACCGGAGUUUGGACAAAAGUACUGUAUUUCAUGUCCUGGAAACACAACUACUGAUUUUGAUGGAUCCACAAACAUAUUGCAUUGCAAAGACAGACAUUGUGGGGGUGAGCUUGGAGAGUUUACUGGAUACAUUGAGUCCCCAAACUAUCCUGGAAAUUAUCCUGCAAACAUUGAGUGCACUUGGACCAUAAAUCCACCUCCUAAGCGCCGUAUUUUGAUUGUGGUUCCAGAAAUAUUUUUACCAAUAGAAGAUGAAUGUGGAGACUACUUGGUGAUGAGAAAAAGCUCUUCCUCCAAUUCUGUGACCACAUAUGAAACCUGCCAAACUUAUGAACGCCCUAUAGCUUUCACUUCCAGGUCCAAAAAGCUCUGGAUCCAGUUCAAAUCAAAUGAAGGAAAUAGUGCAAAAGGAUUCCAGGUCCCUUAUGUAACCUAUGAUGAGGAUUAUCAGGAGCUAAUAGAAGAUAUAGUCAGAGAUGGUAGACUUUAUGCAUCAGAAAAUCACCAAGAGAUCCUUAAGGAUAAGAAGCUGAUAAAGGCAUUGUUUGAUGUCUUAGCCCACCCACAGAAUUACUUUAAGUAUACAGCACAAGAAUCUAGGGAAAUGUUUCCAAGAUCUUUCAUUCGACUGUUGCGUUCUAAGGUCUCCAGAUUUUUGAGACCUUACAAAUAAUGUAUAUUACAUUUUUUAAAAAAACUUUAAGAAUUCUUAAUUGUACAGGCUUCUGUUAUAUUCUUUUUUAUAGGGCAGUCUGGAAAAAACUGACAAGCCAAUUGUAUACAACAUGUAUAUUUUAAAUUAAAAAUGUAAUUAUUUCAGUCCAUGGAGGUUUUUCUCUUGUCUCAUAACCCACUGGAUGACUGUCUAUUUUAGAAAAGUUGUGCAAUUGUCUUGGAAGUGAUGCAGUGAUAACUAAUCAUGAUUAAUGUGAAUAUUUUAAUUUUAAAAUUUCAUGAUGGCAGCAGUUUAAAAGAGUUGAGUCCAUCAUUUUGGAAAUGUCCAAGCAGUCCACUUUGGAAUUUCAGAGAUGAUGAAGACAACACAGGCUUAAAUGUCAAUGUGAUAUGAGAAAAGAUUGGUUUUCAAAGUGUGAUUUCAAAACAAACCAAAGCAUGAUGUGAGUCUUCUGCUUUUUAAUUAAAAAGAAAUAGUACAGUAGUUUUUUCAAGUGGAAAACUACUUUCAAGUGGAUUUUAAAGUGAGAAUGAUAGUCAUUCUUUUGUACAGAAUCCUUUAUUUCUCAAUAUUCUUGUAGCCAAUUCAAUAUUUAACAUUUGAGUUACCCUGGAUGAAGAGUGAAUAUUUAUGUUCUCAGACAUUCCAAUGCUAAGUGAAUAAAAACUAUGUGUAGGUGAUGGGGGGAAGGCAUAAUUCUCUUGUUCAUGUAAGAGGGCAAAGAUAUGUAUUGAUUAUGACAUUUCACUGUAUAAAUUUGUUAAGCUUAUAUUUAAAAAUUACCUUUAAAAGGAUAAUUUAAUUAAAGAAAAUGCAGUAAAUUUGUAUGGCUCAGAUAGGAUUAUGUUAUGAUGAUAUGCAGGAAAAAAAGCUCUGUAAGACAAUCUACAUUAUUCCACACCUUCCUUAAUUAGUUUCUCAGUGCUGUAUGUAACUGUGUUCCUUUUUUUAUAUGCCACACAACUGUCCAUAAAUUAAUGGCUGAUUUUGUGACAUGGGAAGUAAUAAUCUCCUUGUUUUCCACAAGAGGGCAGUAUGUGGUACACAUUUAAUUGUAAAUAAACAGUAUCUUUUGUUUUAUCCUUAAUCAGCUUAAAAAACAGAGUAGUGUUCAAAAAGAGUGUGUAGCCAUACAUACGCAGAAACAUAGAAUGAAUACAGGAUGCCAGUUUCAUCUGGCAAUUAAAUGCAGUUUUUAAGGCUUUUUCUUCAGAUUCACUGUUAAAAUGCUCUCUGAUUAGAAAAAACAAGAGUUUUCCUUACACAGAAUAUCAAAAAUAAAGGUUAUUGUGAAUAUCAGGGUGAGGCCAGUAUGUAAGAGAAUCUGUCAUAUUCCAGACUAUUAAUUGGCUUUCCUAAUAUUGCAGACUAGAUGAUCUGCGUAGUUUCUUCUAAUUCCAUAAUUUAUUUGUUUACACAUAAAUAUAUAUAUGUAUAUACAUACAACUUAUAUGCCACCCGCCUCCCAAUACCUCUGGGCAGCUUACAAUUAAAAGUAAAAAAGAAAAGAGAAAAAAGAAGGAAUACUCCUAAAACAUCAUAUAACCAACAUCCCACUUCCUCCCCCCCCCCAUCUAGCAGUGACUCAACCUUUGCUUUGCCCUAGCCUGAGAUCUUUAAUAGCUUCUUGAACAUUACUUUUUAAUUCUAUGAUUCUAGAUUAACUGAUGGCAAAUGCAUGUUGCAUCAGUUAUUGUUGCUUAGUGCUAUUCGUACUAUGAAUGUGUAGAAUGUUCCUCCAGCCAUCUCAUAAUCAGUAGACAGCUUACCUAAGAUAAUUACAGUAUUGGAACAAACACAGGGUUCAGACAUAUUAAAAUAGGAAUAUAAGAUUCUAAGCGUACCAUUUGGAUGGUCCAUUCUUACAUAUCAAUAUACUUAUAGUGUUCCAAUUUUUCUUGAAGAUUGGUUUGAAAUUUGGAAGCCUUCAAAAGCUAACCAGAUCCAUCCAUAUCUUCUCUAAUCUUUGAGCAUCCUUACUUCAAGUAUGUCUUAUGGGUCUAAAGGAAUUCAUAGAUUCAGAAAUUAAUUCAGAAAUGUAUUUGUAGGAGGGAAAACUGCAAGUUCUGAAGAAAUAGCAAACAGACUGGAAGAUACUUGGAUGUUCUGGCUAUAGGUCAUGAAGAUCUUUCUGUAAAAGAGAUGACUCACUGUUUUGAAAGGCUAAACAUUAGCUCAUCAGUCAACUCAACUGUCAUCAAAAUUUUACUCUAGAUAUUUUGUACACCACAGACUAAAAACUGAAAACACUCUGGGAAUGUCACUUCAAUUUAAUUACUCAAUAUACAGCUUUAAAAGCUGCCCAGCUUUUAAAGAUAUCUGCAAAAUUAAAAGAAGCAACAGUAAAAAUUGUUUAUAUAGUAUGUGCCAUUUUAUUCCAGUGGGACUAAAAGUUUGGUGGCGCCUCCCCGUUAUCUCAGACUUCUGUUCCAAAAUAUUUGCAACUAUCUCUGAUACUGUUUCUGCAGUAUUAUACUCAUUUUCUUUAUUAAGCUUACUAACAAGCGAAGUGAGUUACAGUUCCUUUUUUAUUUUAUAAAUGGUAAUAUUAUCAGCUAUUCUUAGUGGAAAAUGGGAAAAGCUUUCCCCACUCAAAGCAGACUUUCAAAGGUUUUAUAUGUAAGACUUCUAUAUGGACAGUGAGAACUAAACACUUAACUAUUUGAACAAUCCUUGAAAGCAUUAAUGGAUAAUUAAUUCAGAUUGUAAUCAUUGGAAGAUUUAAUUGGAAUAUAGAAAGUAGAUAUUACUUUGCCAAUAUUCCAUUUCUGUUGUUGGUAUUAUUUGCUGCCAAAUGUUGAUUAAUGAGAUAUGUA